AUGAACCGCUUUGGGGAAGUGGUCAGCGCGGUGAGCGAAGGGCGCAGACACGGUCCUUUGUCCCGCAGGGUGGUGAAUGCCUCUAGGCUGCAAGAACUUCUGCACUACCUGGCUGGCACCACCUCCAAGGCAAUGGGUAACCAGCAGGCAGCCCCUGCUUCCACCCUCCAGCAGGGUCGAACACCAGGGGUGACCAGCAGCAGUGGAUUCCAGUGGUCUAGCGGGCCUCAGGUGACCAUUGCCAAGGACACACCUCCCGAAUGUCUAAUCAAGCUAGCAAAGAUCCUAGUGUGUAAAUCGCUGGCUGAGGAAAAUGUUGAUGGCAUUACAAGGAGUGUCUUCAUUAAGUACAUUACUAAGUCCAGCGAGCCCCUUGGAAAGCGGCUGUUCCAGUACUUGAUGAAGCACUGGCAGAAAGAGGCAGGUGGAUCCCGCACCACCUCUGAGAGACACCAGUGUGCUGUGGACAAAGGUGAUGUCCUCUCCAGUAAUGCCUUCACAGCUGCUGCUAGUCACUUGAUGGCUCUUCAUACAGACUCGCAACAGAUGGAGUUUUAUAUCAAAUUAUAUGCUGGAGACCAAGAGAAAAUAAGCAAAGGUGAUGUGUUUGAUCUGAUCUCUGCUGCCCAUCAAGUUUCCACCUGCAGCCAGCGCACCUGCUGCUUGCCGGAUGACAUCCUGAUGGCAGUAGUCCGUGGUGCAAUGCACGGCAAGGAGAGCAUCAACACUAAGUACCUACACAGCUGGUUGUGUCAGCACUGUUCCCGCCUCCUGAUGUGGCUCCACCGCAACAUAAUGCACACACUGACGGUGGGCCACCGGACUAUUCCGGACAACACAGAGGAGGCGGAGGAUGACCGGGACACUCCCAUCCUAGACUGUCCGGGUAAGUCAACUUGUGUGAGCCUCCACCCUGCCCUCAUAUGGCUACUGACUUGUUCUCUGCCCCUCCUGUAUACCAAGCCAGAGAAGAGCAAGCCCCAUCCCUCCAACAAUCUCCUCCUUGACCCUCAUGUUUUCAUCGAUAAAAUGGUUCUGGCUGUGAGUCCCACACACUGGGUCCCUCUAUAUAACAGUGAUGAGCAUGGUCUCAGCAUUAACAGGUUGCAGCAUCAUGUGUUUGGAUACCAUGGCGCCACUCUCAUGUUCAUCACAACAGAAGGUGACAACAUGUUCUGUGUGGCAAGUGACCAGGAGUGGCGAGACUCCAAGCACUUCUGGGGUGGUGAACAUGCCCGCUGUCUGCAUCUCACUCCUGAGUACAAGAUUAUUGAAAGUGGUGCAAAGAUCCUUUACUUCAAUGUGACAUCUCGUGGCUUCCCGACUGGGUUACAAGUGGGAACAGACAGCACCAAUCGAGCUCUCACCCUAGACCUCAACCUCACCUUGGUUACAUACCGAAAGAUCCCAUACAAGCUGCAAUCAGUAGAGGUGUGGGGCUGCAGCACCUCAGAAGUGAAGGAAGCACAGCAAGAACUCAAGAAGAGGGAAGUGAAGGAUGUUGAAAGUCGUCGCAAAGUCAAGGUGAACAGUUCAGACUGGCUAGACAAUCCUGACCGCUACCUGAUUGAGUUGGCCGGCACCAGACUGAGUUAUGCCCAGUAUGACAAUCCUCCACCUGAGGCCUCAGGAAGCAAGUGAGGUGUCAGUCUGUAUUAACAAUAUAUUUGUCCACAAAAGGAAUUUAUGUGGACUGACAGGCCAUAAGAGUAAGAUGUGUCAGCUUGAUAUAUUAUUUUCAAUUUUUUCAUGUGCAGUAGAACUCCAAAAAUACAGCCAUUCUCUUAACUAUCAUUACAUAUGCACACUUAGUUGGCCACCUUGCUACUGUGACACUUCUUUCAAUCAUUCAAUAAUGUUUGUAGCAUAUGACAAAAAUUCCAAAUUAUGCAAGAAUAGCUAAUAUUUGAAUUCAUUAUUUUUUAUAUGUAUGUAUAUCCUUUCUGGGUAAAUGUGCAGUGACUUGUCACCACCUGUUGUGUUUGAACUGCAACAGGGUGAGUGAUGUGGCAUUGGCAGGUCAGUACAUUUUGCUAGCAGGUCUUUAGUGAUGGUCAUAGAACUGAACACUUAGAGGUCACAAGAAAACACUGGGAUUUCCGUCUUGGCUGUGGCUAUUAAUGUUGAAUUGUGACACCUCUAGAUAUUUGUAAUGUUUAUUUUCUAGACAUUUUCUUUCCUAGACCAUAGGGCCAAAUGAUCCAUGAUAUCUGGCACAUUGUACUCUGUCCAUUAUUUAAUUACUAGGGUUUUUAUGUUCAUGGAGCUGCAGUAUUUAUUUAUGGCAUGAUAAUUCAAAUAUGAUUGGUAACUAAUUGGUAUUGUGAGAAAAUUGAAAUUAGAAUUCAGCUCCCUCAUUUUGAAUGCUAUGAGAUAAAAAGACCAAGCAUGUAGUGUGGGAGUAAGUAAACAGCUGUGAGUUGGUCUUUGUGACAUGGACAUGAGACUCAAUCUUCUAAGGUUUUUUUUUUUAUUAUAGGCAUUGUUACACACCUUUUGUGCCAUCAAAGGAAUACAAAAGUAACUCAUGUUAUGGUAGUAAUCUAAUAUCAUCUCAAGCUGUAAAAAUCAGACGAAGUAAGUUUUGUAUAAUAUAACAACAACAGAGGGAAAAAAAACCCUCAAUAUUUAGCAGUUUAGAAUAGACUUGACUAAUUGUGGCCACACUUGCCCCAUAUAAAGUUCAGACAUUUCAUUGAUAAAUUACACCCUGUAAAUAACAGGAGCUAGAUUCUCAGGUUUCACCAACCAAGGUAAUGAUUCACAAAAUUGAAACACUCUAGUGACCUUAUUGCCCCCUUUUUAUACUUUCUAGCUAAAAAAAAUUUGGUGUUUACCAUUUGUAUUUUUUUUAUAUAAACAGAAGUGUGUAUUACAUCUUUAUUCUUUUUUUUUUU